CCGACGUUCCCGCCAGUCCUCAAGACAUUCGCCCUCUAACUCAAAAUGCCAGGUGUACGAGACGUCGCCCCCGAUACAUUCAUCGCAGCAUACGCUUCGCACCUCAAGCGGGCGGGAAAGCUUGAGGUCCCUACAUGGGUGGACAUUGUCAAGACUGGCCCCUUCAAGGAACUUGCACCCUAUGACCCUGACUGGUUCUACGUCCGUGCAGCUGCCGUUGCAAGACACAUCUACCUCCGCAAAGACGUCGGUAUUGGCGCAUUAACGAAACUCCACGGUGGUCGCAACCGACGCGGUAACCGCCCCUCCCACCACGCAGACUGUUCUGCCUCCGUACAGCGCAAGGUCUGCCAGGCCCUCGAGAAGAUUGGCGUUUUGGAGCAGACAGACAACGGGGGCCGUCGGAUAAGCCAAGACGGCAUGCGGGAUCUGGACCGAAUUGCCACUGCUGUAGUGGAGCAGGAGAAAGAGGAAGAGGAGGAGGAAGAAGAGGAGGAGGCUGAGGAGGACGAGGAGUAGAUGUGUUUCGCUGGUCGGGCAUGUGGUCCAUGGAUAUCGCAUGAUUUAUCUCUCACCUCGGUAUGCUCCAUGCGCUCUCUAAAAUAUGGCGAGGCUACUCUGCUUUCAUUAUGACGUUCGCAUUCGGGCUCGACGCAGGUCACGCAGAGCAUAUUGCUCAGUUGUGCUUUGCAGAAAUACAACUCUUUCAUGCUCACAGGAGCUGGAGUAGUCCAAUCAUUUCGUUUGUGAGUUGUUCGUCUUCGCUGACGUCCAGGAAUGUCU